AUGUCUCGCCCCAGCGCAGACAAUGCGUCGAUGCUCUCGUAUCAGGCCUCGACCAAAAGCUCCGGUCGCGGCUUCACCUUCUCGCUCGAUAACUUCUCCAACAAAGACUUCAUAGUCAAGGACUUCAUCGAGGCCCUCUCCGAAAAUGCCACACCUGCCUCCCGCAAGUCCGCGCCCGGCGGCAGCCAGACCCAAUUCGACCCCAAGCCUCUGAUACGUUCCUUCGAGCACGCCCUGUCCCGCCUGAACAACCUCUCUGAAGACCUCGAGGAGAGAGAGAAUGAACUCUCAGGCGCCGUGCGCCGCGCCGAAGCCCAGCACAACGGGAAUGCCGAGUCGCUAGGGAGGAAGCUAAAUCAAGCCGUAGAACGGUUCCAGCGGCUGGACAACUCCCUGAACGGCACUGGCGGAGAUGACGGAUAUGGGGACGCAGGAGGAAAUGUUGCUGUGCGGAUAGGAGAGCGCCUGGAAGAGCUGGACCGGCAGCUGAAGCGAUCGAAUGAUGCCAAGUUCCUGAUUCUCUGCUGGCAAGAGGUCAGUCAACGGGGCAGCCUCGAGACUCUGGAAGACGUGAAGCGCCGCAACGACAUUGUGGAGUGUGCACGAAUAGCAAGGCAACUGCUCAAGAUCAGCGCUCGGCUUGAUCCGGACAGCAACCAAGGCGUGAAUGGAAGUGCUCCAAAUGGCGUCAAGAGAAGACCCGGACGGUCAAAGUACCCUACGAAAGAGAUUAUUGAGAAGUUCUUGGAGAACCUUGAGCAGGACCUUUUGGCUAAAUUCGACGACUGCUUAAGACGAGCGAAUUAUGAAGGCAUGCGGGAAUGUGCAAUCACGCUCAAGGACUUCAAUGAUGGUGCUAGUGUCAUAGCAACAUACGUAAACCAGCAUUCAUUCUUCAUAGACCGAACCCAACUGGUCACAGACGAGCUGGUAGAAGAUACAGAGACCUGGGAACGUCUCCAAGACCCAGACGCAGAGCCCCCAGGAGUUGAGCCUAGUCUACAGUCGCUAAUCGACGAAGUGAAGAUCGUCGUACAGGACGAGUCUGCGGUCAUCAAGCGGGCGUUUCCCUACUACGAAGAGGUUCUCAUCAGGUUUCUGCAGAGAAUAUUUCAGCAGUCCAUUCAGCAGCGGUUGGAGAUGGUACUUGAAAAGGCGAACGAACUCUCGUCGCUUGCUUUUCUUCGCUCGCUUCAGGCUUCGAGAAGCUACAUUACGACGUUGGUCGAUGACUUGAAAUCACAUGGCUUGACCGAAGCUCCGGAACCUGUGACCUCGCAGAUUGCAGCGACCUUGGACCAACAACUAGAGGAACUAUUCGUACCUUACUUCGUAGGAUCGUCAUACAUUGAAAGAGAGAAGAGGAAUUUGGAAGAGCUCUACUCCUCUCUACUCCUCAAGUUCACAUCAUACCACGAACAACGGCGAAGAAUGCCAACAUCAUACUUUGGCUCGCUCGCCCAGCGAGGCAAGGAAUUUGCAGCCUCCGCGCGUGACGCGUACAUGGAAAGGCUUGAUAGUGCAGAUUUGCCCACCACUCAGAAAGCGAUGUUGCUCAGGAUCGCCGGUCUGAAGGAAGACCAAGGCGACAAAAAGAACAUCGAAACCACAGAAGAAGACGGAAGAUUGUCAAUACCAGCAGCAAAGCGUAUGCUCAAAUGGCUUGCGGAGGGUGUCGGUAGAGGAUUGGAGCUCUCUCCACCUAAUGAUACACCAAAGGAUGUGCAGAAUCUUCAAAACCUACUGCUUACCCACGUAGGCGAGUACUAUCUCGAAACAGCCCUCGAUGCCGCCUCUGACCACGCUGUCUCCCAAGAAAACAUGAAGACGCCACCCGAUCUCACCCACCUCCCCUCCAUCCAAAGACUCACCAUCAUCCUGCACCUCCUCCAAACCACCAUCCGCACCAUCCUCCUUCCCCUCGCAACACCCAACCUCACCAUCCGCCGCGAAAUCGAGAAGUCCUCAAACGCCACCAUGUCAACGCUGGAAUCCAAGCUCUCGAAUGUGCUCAACAUCACGCUGACCGCGACGCUGAAUUGGGUCGCCAAGUGCCUCACGCAGCAGAAGAAGACGGAUUUCAGGCCGAAGGACGAUAUGGAUCUUAUGGCUGCCAGCUCUGAAACACCAGCUUGCCAGGCCGUUGUGCAGUUUUUGACGCGCGUAGCGACACAAGCGUCCGGCGCGCUGUCAGGGCGCAAUCUCAGCCUCUUCCUGUCGGAACUUGCGCUCGGGCUGCGCGCUCUCGUGCUAGCUCAUAUACUAAAAUUCACUGUUAGCCAGUUCGGCGGCAUUACCGUGUCGAAGGACAUGACGCGGUAUGCGGAGCUUGUGCGGGGGUGGCCUACGGGCGGGGAUUUGGAGCCAGGCGCGAUGGAUGUACUCGUUGAGGUUGGGCAGCUGUUCAUCAUCAAGGGAGAUGCGUUGAAGUUCAAGUUGCACCAGGCAGGUGCCGAUGCGGGGGAGUUGAAGGCGUAUAUCAGGCAGAGAGAGGACGUGGGCAGUGCAGAUGUGCAGGCUGCGCUGGGGGCCGUAGGGCGGGUAUGA